ACCUGUCUGCUUCAUCCAUUUGUCUGUCUUGAGGAGACAUGCUGUUGGUCUUCUGAGCCUCUUUCAGCGUCCGGGGCUGACGUCAGAGGAGCGGAGGAGAGCGCGUGCCGCCUUUGGGCAGGCCAGCUGUUCGCGUGAGUGGCCGUGAGGUGACACGCGCUGGCUUUGACACAACAAGGAAGUGGACGGUAUCAGAUGAAGGCACAAACCUUCGACUUUACCGUACAAGGCUCCUGACUUUUCCAUCCAGCUUCAGCGUUCCAUGUGUCAACCAUGUGUCUUCUUUCUGGCAACAGCUGCUUCUGCAUUUGACAUGAGCUGAGACAGAGCCCCCAUGUCUGCUUGUACCCCAUCAGCCUCUUCAGUGUGAGCUCACAGCAGCUGCUCGUCGCUCUGACCGUCACUACCCGUUCCAGACAUGGCCCCUGUUCCUCCUGGGAUCCGCCUGCUGGUUUCCUUUGACAGGGACCAGUGGUACAGAGCUUUCACCUUCAUCCUCACCUUCCUGCUUUACACCAGUUUCCACCUCUCCAGAAAACCUAUCAGCAUCGUUAAGAGCGAACUCCAUAAGAACUGCUCAUCUGUCGGUGAGCUAGCCACCUUUGCCUCCGGCGGCAGUGGCAGCCAGCAGCCCGCCCUGCCAUCUCUCCACACAGACAUGGACUGUAGCUGGAAGCCUUUUGAUAAAAGCAACUACAAACAGCUGCUCGGCGCCAUGGACUACUCCUUCCUCUGUGCCUAUGCUGUGGGGAUGUACCUCAGUGGCAUCAUCGGGGAGCGCCUGCCCAUUCGACUGUAUCUCACUGUGGGUAUGCUGACCAGUGGCCUGUUUACCUGCCUGUUCGGACUGGGUUAUGUCUACAAUAUCCAUAGCCUGGGGUUCUAUGUAUGUGUCCAGGUGAGAUGCACUAAUAGAUUAAUAAACUGCUUUUGUCAAAAAAGUCAUGGCAACUGGUUUGGAAAGGGAAGGCGUGGACUCAUCAUGGGACUGUGGAACUCCCACACCUCAGUGGGCAACAUCCUGGGCUCUCUGAUUGCUGGGUACUGGGUCUCAUCCAACUGGGGUCUGUCCUUCAUCGUACCAGGGCUCAUCAUUGCAGCCAUGGGCGUUGUCUGCUUCCUGUUUCUCAUUGAGCAUCCAAAUGACCUAAAAACUAUGUGUGCUCACAAUUCUUCCGCAGGCAAGACUGUUCCUACCAAGAGUUGGAAUGGAGUUAAUGAACGCACUGAGGUGUAUUUGCAAUACAAGGACAAAAAAACCCAGAGUUAUGACACAGAGCUGCUGUUGCCCAGGGACAGUGGGUACGUGCCUGUGCAACAGGUCGUGGUGGUGAAGAGUGAAUCAGAGCCGUCUGCCAUCAGCUUCAUGGGAGCACUGCAGAUACCAGGAGUGAUUGAGUUCUCUCUGUGUCUGCUGUUUGCCAAGCUGGUCAGCUACACCUUCCUCUUCUGGCUGCCACUCUAUAUCACUAAAGCAGCUCACCUUGAUGCCAAGAAGGCUGGAGAUCUCUCCACCCUGUUUGAUGUUGGAGGAAUUGUGGGGGGGAUCUUGGCGGGAGUGAUCUCUGAUAAACUGGGGAAGAGAGCCACCACCUGCGCAGUCAUGUUGCUGCUGGCUGCUCCUACACUCUAUGGCUUCUCCAUGAUCAGUGAGCUCGGUCUGGGCCCAACCAUCGGUAUGCUGCUAGUAUGUGGAGGACUAGUCAAUGGACCAUAUUCCCUCAUCACAACUGCUGUGUCUGCUGAUUUGGGGACCCACAAGAGCCUGAAAGGCAACGCCAAAGCAUUGUCCACUGUCACUGCCAUCAUCGAUGGCACGGGAUCUGUAGGUGCAGCACUGGGCCCUCUAAUGGCUGGCUUGCUGUCUGCAGGCGGCUGGGAUCGGGUUUUCUACAUGCUGAUGACGGCUGACUUCCUCGCUCUGCUGCUUUUACUCAGACUUGUGACGAAGGAGCUGACCUCAACUAAAUCCCGUCCCAUCUCGGCUGCAGAGUCGAAGAAGCAUUGAGCACUUUGACUGCACUCUCUUCACACAUACUGCAUUGAAACCACUUGUCUAAGCCUGACAUGGACUGUAGCUCUCACAGUAAACGGACAGGAGACCAUCCAAAUGCACGCACACACACACACACACACACACUGCUGUGCUGGCAACAGUGGUUAGCUGCAAACAAGAGCCUAUUUGCCUCGUUCCUGAUGAAGAGAUGAAGCUGACAAAUGAAGCAGAACAGCAGCAGACUUCAGUGUGGUGGAUGGACUGGCACAUUCAUCUUCUCUACUUAUUUCUUUUCCUGUUGUAGCCAAUAUGAACUUGAACGUAAUACAUGCUCAGUCUGCUCAGAGGAUUGGCAGACAUAUAAAACUAAAUUUACUUAGAUUUAUGUCAGAUAACUGGAAGUGACUGUUAUUUAUUUGGUAGCCGUCUUCGAAACAGCAACCUCUGUGACUGUUCUGAUUGAUCCUAAUAUAGCUAUGGGCAAACAACUCCUGUUCUUACCCUUACAAGCUCCGCACACUCUGACCUCACCAUAAUGCCUCUAUCCUAACCUCUAAUCUUCACUGGAAGUGUUUUCUACACAUCUCACACUGCAGACAGAGUUCCAUCAUAUCAAAUCCACACUGAAUCCAUGAGAUGCGUCCCCCUUAGGACCCUCAGGGUUUUUUACGCUUCAAGUCUAUUUUUUCCUCCUGCUGCAUUUAGUGAAGCGUCACCUCCACAAGUCCUGUUUUCCGUUUCUGUUGGUACCUGUUAUGACUGAUCAGGCUGUUUGAAUUUCACUUUCACUCUCUCCCUCUGUAACAGGAAAAUCAAUACAAUCUAAAUCCAUAGGCUACAUCAAAACGUGAUUUCUUUCAGAUUAGCUUACCUGAAAGUACACUUGUCUUGUUGGUCUGUCUGGUAAAGACUCUUUGUCCUGCCGCUGUCCUGCUGACAGACAGACAUCUAUUCUGAUGACUUUAAAUACCCAGAACGCUGCUCACGUCCUCAGUGUGGAUUCAACGAAAUCACACCUCAGUAGCACUUAUGUCUCGUUUCCAGUGUGUUUUACCACAGUCAAGCUAGACCAAGGACCAGCCUCAGAGGUUUUCUGGUAGACCGGUCUUGAUUUAGCUCUUAGACUAGUCUGGUGCAGCUUUCACCACAUUAAAGAGUGACUUAGUUCUGGGUUAGCCUGGGGACAGGGUGGCUAACUUCUUAUGCUUAAAAUAAGUCACUAAUUGAACUAAGACCCAUGUUUCCAUAGUAACGAUUGGUGACAUCUAGUGACUACUGAAACCAAAUACAGGGGAACAUUUAUGGAACAGUGAGUAAUGAAAGUGAAAGAGUUUUUAGAGAGCACAGUAACCUGCUGGAAAUAUACAUCUGUGAGGGUACUGUCAGCCGUUUUGUUUGUCCCAGGAGGCCGUCCUGAGCCUGUAGGAUGGUCGUCCUGUUAACAAGCUGCAGCAGCUCAGCUCUAUCACAUGUCUGCAUUCCACUAAGAUGUUAUGCUCCUGGAAGGUUUUUCUGUUGUUAUGCUCCUCGCUAAAUUUUCAUAGUAAAAUACCCUCAUAGAUUUUCUGCUGGAGUGAACACUGACCAGUUGCACAGUUGCUUGGUCAGCCAUAUGCUUUAGUUUGAAACACGUCUUCAUUCAGACACGGUCUGUCAGAACCCUUAGCCUGUGAAAGACUGUGUCUGGCCAAUAUGAAAAUUCAUAUUCCAAAGCUUAGCAUUAUGAUAAAUCUCCCUUACAUCUAGUUGUUUCUAUGCAUUUAGAUGAUUUCGUGUAUCCACUUUUGAGAUAGUUGUCUGAGAUAUCUCUGCCUCUGCUCCAGUACAAUAUAGGUGAAUGGAAUUUACAUUAUGCUGCUGACAGCAUUCAAAGUCAACACUAAGAAAUUUAGACAACAUCUUUCCUGAAACAGUGUUGUGGUUAUAGUUCUCACAGGACACUGUCAAAGAUUUUAUGAGAUCAUUUCUUUAAAAGAAAGUAGUUUCAGUAAAAGCUGUUGACAGCUUGUUCUACAACAACAGGGAUGCUGUUUUGUGUACCUUUUUAGUGUACCUUUUUUUUAGUACUUUUAACACCUUGGGCAGCAGAAACA